CUAAAAUCUUUCUUCUCUGCAUCUCCUCCAAGUUUCAAUAUUCUUCGAACUAGGGCAUAUAACUUUUGGGGAAACUCUUUUGUUUCAGUACUUCUUGAUUUGAUCUAAAGGAGCUAGGCUCAAAAAUGUCUGUUCAGGAAUAUCUGGAUAAGCAUUUGCUUUCUCGUAAAAUUGAAGAUGCUGUAAAUGCUGCUGUUAGAGCUAAGGCUCCAGACCCUGUAUUGUUCAUCUCGAAUCAUACGAGGAAAGCAGUUCGUUGUGUGAUCACGAAGAUUAAAGCUAGGCAAAUCCUCGAUAGCAGAGGGGUUCCUACUGUAGAAGUCGACCUUUACACGAAUAAAGGGAUGUUUAGAGCUGCAGCUCCGAGCGGAACUUCUUCUGGAAUGUAUGAGGCUCUUGAGUUACGUGAUGGUGACAAUGGGAAAUAUCUUGGAAAAGGUGUUAGCAGAGCUGUUAAAAAUAUCAACGAGAAGGUCUCUGAAGCUCUAGUUGGAAUGGAUCCAACUCUGCAGUCCCAAAUUGACCAGGCUAUGAUAGACUUGGACAAGACUGAAAAUAAGGGUGAACUUGGCGCAAAUGCUAUACUAGCCGUUUCAAUUGCUGCUUGUAAAGCUGGUGCCGCCGAGAAGGAGGUUCCACUUUACAAGCACAUAGCAGAUCUCUCUGGUAAAACCAGCCUCGUUCUUCCUGUCCCUGCCUUCACAGUUAUUAGUGGUGGAAAACAUGCGGGAAAUAAUUUGUCCAUCCAAGAAAUCAUGAUUCUCCCUGUUGGUGCAAACUCAUUUGAAGAGGCAGUGCAAAUGGGCUCCGAGACCUAUCAUCAUCUAAAGGCUAUUAUUAUCGAAAAGUACGGAAGAAAUGGAUGCAAUGUCGGUGAAGAUGGUGGAUUUGCUCCAAAUAUCUCAAGUUUCACUGAAGGCUUGGAUCUCGUCAAGCAGGCAAUUGACAGAGCAGGUUAUAGUGAGCGAAUUAAGAUAGCCAUGGAUGUUGCGGCUACUGAUUUUUGCAUAGGUACAAAGUAUGAUUUAGACUACAAAUCUCCCAAUAAAUCGGGGCAGAAUUUCAAGACAGCAGAAGAUAUGGCCGAGCUGUAUACAGAACUCUGUAAAGUUUACCCAAUUGUGUCUAUUGAGGAUCCGUUUGACAAGGAUGACUGGGAACAUACAAAGUUAUUUACAAGCCUUGGGAUUUGCCAGGUUGCUGGAGAUGACUUGUUGAUGUCAAACCCGAAACGUACUGAGAAAGCAAUAGAUGAAUUCACUUGCAAUGCACUCGUUUUGAAGGUGAAUCAGAUUGGAACUGUUACUGAAGCCAUUGAAGCUGUGAAGCUAGCUAAGGAUGCCGACUGGGGAGUAGUAACUUCCCAUAGAUGUGGGGAGACUGAAGAUUCCUUCAUAGCUGAUUUAGCUGUUGGCCUGUCCACUGGUCAGAUUAAAGCAGGUGCACCUAGCCGGGGUGAACGGCUUGCAAAAUAUAACCAGUUGCUUCGGAUAGAAGAAGAGCUGGGUGAUCAAGCAGUUUACGCCGGCGAAAAUUGGAGAGUCCAAUGAUCUGAUCAUGUUAUCUUUUCUUUAUUCUUAUUGAUCGUCACCCGCUGGGGGAUCAAGAGAACAACUUCUUGUGAUGCAUAUUCUGUUCAAUUGGUAUUGUUGAUAAACUUGUGUUUUUUUUCUUCUGGAGGGGCCUUUUUGUUAGUCUGUGGGAGGGCAAAACUCUCCCACAGACCAUACUAUAUGCGGAUUUACUUAUAAAAUGGAGUACAAGGAAGAAAAGUUAUUCAUCAAAUCAAAGUGAUUAUUGGCA